UAAUAGAAGUAGCUAGAAGUGUGUAGUAGCUAGUUAGUUAGUAAUCACCAGUAAGACUAGUACGUGUUGAAGAAGUAGUUGGAUCGAUCGAUCAGGUUGGGAAGAAGCCAUGCCGGGGCUGACGAUCGGAGACACCAUCCCCAACCUGGCGUUGGAGACCACCCACGGCAAGAUCAGAAUCCACGAGUUCGUCGGCGACGGCUAUGCCAUCGUCUUCUCCCACCCCGGGGACUUCACGCCGGUGUGCACGACGGAGCUGGGGAAGAUGGCGGCGUACGCGGCGGAGUUCGAGAAGCGCGGGGUGAAGCUGCUGGGACUGUCGUGCGACAGCGUCGAGUCGCACAAGGAGUGGAUCAAAGACAUCGAGGCCUACACGCCGGGUUGCCAUGUAACAUAUCCGAUAGCGGCGGAUCCGAAGGGGGAGGUGAUCAAAGAGCUGAACAUGGUGGACCCGGACGAGAAGGACUCCAAGGGGAAGGCACUUCCGUCGAGGGCUCUCCAUAUUGUGGGACCUGAUAAGCGGGUGAAGGCGAGCUUUCUGUAUCCGGCGUCGACGGGGCGCAACAUGGAUGAGGUGUUGAGGGUGGUGGACUCGGUGCAGAAGGCGGCAAAGCACAAGGUGGCGACCCCUGCGAAUUGGAAGCCCGGCGAGCCCGUCGUGAUCGGGCCCAGCGUGACCGACGAGGAGGCCAAGAAAAUGUUCCCCAACGGAUGGGAGACUGCUGAUCUCCCCUCCAAGAAGGGAUACCUACGCUUCACCAACGUCUAAACCCAUACAUAUAUCUAUGCACAAGUUAAAAAUAGGUCGAGUUAAUACAUAAUAUCAAAUGUUAUGGACGUAGUGUACUACCUGUAAGUCUAUAUAUGUGUGUGUUUUUAUGUAUAUGUAUGCUUGUGCUGUGUGCGCUGAGGUGCAUGGAUUGCAAAGAGACUAGUUCGACUCUUUUUAACUUCCAUUUUGGGAUC